AGCCGUGGGGUGCUUCCCUAUUUUGCCAACUUCCGUCUCCUUUCGGAACUCUCCACACCCUUUGUGAAUUUGCGGUGGUUCCUUGAUGCAGCUGGCUGGCCGCGUACUUCCAGGCUUGUUUUGGCCAAUGGCUUGGCCAUGAUGGUGGUGUUCUUUGUGGUGCGCAUUGCUGUCAUCCCCAGCUAUUAUAUGCAAGUGUACGCUUGGUACGGAACUCCUGAAUAUGAGCGUCUGGGCUUGAGUGUACAGCUGGCCUGGAUUGGGCCAAGCAUUGCCUUGGAAGUGCUCAAUUUGGUCUGGAUGUACCGCAUCAUCCGUGGCUUCUACCGAGCUUUCUGCCGGCCUAAGACCUACAAGGCAGCGUGAAGAAAGAAAAGUGGUGGUACUUGACCUGGAACACCACGUUCUGCUGGACAAAGCUGGAUUUCCUCUUCUAAUUCCCAUAGAAGCCAGUAACCCUACGAACUGCUCCUGACUAUGUCCUUGGGGAAGGAACUCCAGAUUCAUAAAAUGGGAGCAUUUAGUUUUCCAUCCCAUCAAAGAAAGGUCUUGGCCAAAUUGACCAGAACCAGCCAUUUGGUUCUGGAGAAUGACACUUGUCCAUCUUCUAGGGAUGGAGUUGUAGAAACACCUCAAAGGGCUGGAGGUAGGCAGUUUUAAAAUGGGGGUAUACUAGCUUAGGGAUUCCUUUGGCACCAAUGGAAGAGGUACAGCUGCCAACAGUUUCCUGGUUUGGGGGAGUCUGCUGACACUACACAGGGCUUUUGAAUGGGACUUCAUGUAGCUUCAUGUAGCUAAACAGGUGACAUUUCUAAUACUUCAGGAAUUUUAUCUCUUUCAGUUGUCAGUCUGUCCAAGAUAAUGAUCAGGCACUGUUGCCUCCUAGGAAGAAAAGGCUGGCUCCGGGGGAAGAAGAGACAGGAAGUAUAUCUGGAAGUUGUGUUCCCUUGAUUGCCAGUUUGCUAGGGGCUUCUGGGCCAUGUUUAGCAGUAGAGUGGAAGGAAAAGACUAGAAGAAGAUUGGAGGGGGGAAUAGGAAAGAAAUAGUGCCCAGUUAUGACUGCAAACAGUGGGAUUGCUGUGACCCAGUGGCAAGAUUUCAGGACCUUGGCUAGGAGGACAGCAGUACUGUAAAUAGCAUCUUUGUUCUACUAAAUCAAUUGAAACUUGGCAUUCAGUUGAAGAACUUGCUUAUACAAGAGCUGUUAAACUUCUGAAGGCAAGAAAACAAGAAUUUUAACAAGGUUAGAAGCAAGGCACACUUGCCUCUGCUCAGUGGUUUUGAUAGCUCAAAACUAAAGUGAUAUCUGGUGCCUCCGGAUGUGCCAGGAAUACAUCUCCCAGAAUUCCCAUUCACUAUGGCUGUACCCCAUUUUCACUCUCAUUUCAUCCCUCCUUGUGGUUGCAGUUCUUGUGUAGGACAAUCACAUCUUCCCAGCAAUAGUUUACAGUGAAAAUUUCUUCACUCCCAGAUGUAUGCAUCAGUUGUAACUGUGAAUGCAGCCCUGUGGAAGGGUAUAGGCAUUACCACACUAGGCAGUUUUCUGAACUUGUUAUUUUAUUUCAUUGUUCUCUAGAGUCUAAACACAUAGCUGGUGCAAGAUUCCCCCUCCCCUAAAGCCGUUGGCAGACGUGUGGAGUGCUUCUUGCUUUCCCCUCCAUGUUUCUAUGCCCUUUCUCCUUCUGUUAUAAUAUAGUUGCUUUUCAUCUUGAUACAUGAAAAGACAGCCGCCAAUACAGUGACAGUACCUCAUGAUGUUGGCUCUGUAUUGGAAUUGGCAAAAGUGUAAUGGUAAGAUAUGGCAAAUUUUAGUAACAGAAUUCAAUGAUGAAUUUUGAAUCUCUGAAUUCCAACAAAUGUCAGGGACGGAGGACUUGUUGGAAUUUAGGUAGCAUCAGCAUGAGCCUGGAAAAUCACAAGCAUUGUAAAAAAUUCUAGAAGCCUACUGAUGCCCCAUGCGCUGAUGUGGAACAUCACACCCCACUGGCAUACAAAGGAUGUGCCCAUGUGUUGCAUGGCUAUCAAUUACUAGUUUUUGAGAAAAAGUAGGUCUAAUCUAGCUAAAGUCAUCCUUAAUAUCAACAGCAUUUAAAGGAAAGGUACACUGUUCCCAGGGUUGUGACUAAUGGAUUCAACUCAAAUCUUCCUACCAUCUUUUUUCAUUUAAAGCAUUUUAAUAGAAUGGGAGGUGGCCAUCUGUGAAAACCAGCUGUGCUGUGAUUGGGGGAUAGUUUCCCACCAGCUGAUGACAUUCAGAAAAAGGGAGGGCAGGAAGGCAGGCGGGUUUAACCAAUGGCUUUGCUUAACAUGCCCUGCACCCCUGGAGUCAGGACAUCACCAUAGGAUGUCAAUGCUACUGAGGCAGAAUACUAUAUGGAUCAAUAUAAAACUUUAUGGUUGCAUCAUUUUUGUCAGCUCAAGGAUGAGUGGAUAGUACUUUAACUGAACCAUGAGGAAAGGCCCUGGAUUCAGACACCAUGAGAUGCUUGCUUAACACAUUGGUUUAAAAGUUGCGUUUAAUGGGUUGGGAGACACUUUGGCUUAAUAUGUAGAGUAAGCAUAAUCAGUGAGAGACUGAUACUCAAGCCGUUGCUAAGAGAGGCUGGAUUACGGAGCUCUAGAAGCAUUUGAUUCUGAUUGCAUGGCAUCCCUGGAACCAUAUUUGGCUUUACUGAAUGUAGUUUUUCCUCUGAUUUUUGAUUGCUCAAUAUUCCAUACUCCCUCCAGUACAGUAUGUUCAUUCUUUUUUUCUUUUUGGUGAUGAAAGCCUUUGACUACUCAUUCUUAAAACUUCCUUACUUAGAUACCAGAUCAUUAUAACUUCUUAGCCCUUAUCCAAGUAUAGCAUACAGGGCUAUUCUGUCUUCAGAGCUAUAAUCUCCAGGAGACGUGCCUCCACAAGGCCCAUUGACCUCCUAGUUGGUUUCACUGAGGUCUGCACAGGAGAAUGCAGACGGAUGGAUUGGCUCCACAGUCAGUCUGAGCAAAACAAAACUGAUUCUAGGUGCUAAACGCCUUAAAUUGUUUGGAUAAAAAUGUGAGUGCUCUAGGAUUAUUUCUUAAAUUUAUAUAAAAGUAUUUGGUGCUAGGAAAAUGAGCUGUGAUCUUAAAGAGAAGUUGAAGAUCUUUGUUUCUAAAUAUGUGCCUUAAAACAACUUUGCCAAGCAGUCAGUGUCAGUCUAAACUAGACUGCUUCAUCUUGCCGUCUUCCAGUUGUGUUGGGACUGCAAUUCCCAGAAUCCCCAGCAGCAUGGCAAAAAACAAAACAAAACCCCACAAAACGUCCACAGUGCUUGAAGUUGUGGGAGUUGUAGUCUCAACAUGUUGGGAGGCUAACAAGUAGGGAAGGCUGUCCUAAAAACCUGAUAAGCCCUCUCAGUUUUAGAUCUGUACAGCUGGCAACAUACAUUAUUCUACUCAGAAAAGUUAUGCCUCAUAUACAGCAGUGAAAAAUGUGUUAAUUUUUUUCCUGCAGUUUAGAAUAAUUGAAUCCUGCAAUGCUGUGUUUGUAAUUUUCUAACUUCUGUAAAUU